UUUUUGUGUUUGUGAGACAUUUUAAAUCACAAUGCACUGUGUUCAUUCAGAUUUGUUUGUUAAUUACAUUUGGGAUGUGUUUACACAGAUAGUGGACCCAACACCAAGGGGAUGUCAGUUUCAAUAGACCAUCAAGCUGCAAUACUAAGCCAAGUUGAUGUUUAGUCGAGAGCUGCAUAAAUUGAAUUAUACAGCUGUUAAGACUUACGAAAGGCAUUGUUUAAUCCUACAUAACAAUAUCUGCCAACUAUGCAUUAGUUUGUCCAACUACAUCUACAUCACUCAUGGAUUGUUGUACAGCUCUGUCAUAUACAAAGAUAUCUUCCACAGUUAACGCUGCAGUUAUAUUGAAAGCAGUUGUUAAAGCAGAGCGACUAUGGACCCGAGGAACUCCUAAUGUCAGCAGAGGCCACGCCCAUCAUGGAUGAGUUGGACACUGGGGAAGAUGUCAGGAAAGAAACAUCUACCAACCAGCCAGGAUACUCCCAGGCAGACACCACCCUGUUGUACCCCCCUCCGCUGUCCCCCGACCCCGUCAGCCCGCUGACUCACCUGGGGACGCUGCUGGCUGGACACAACGCAACGAGGACCGGCGAAUGGGACAGGGGACUGGACCUGGGGUUUCAAGGCUGUCAGUUACUGGGAACAACAAGGGAACCAGGAAGAGAACCUCACGCAGACCAGAGUGUCACCAUCCUGCACGCCAAGGUCGCGCAGAAGUCCUACGGCAACGAGAAAAGGUUCUUCUGCCCGCCUCCUUGUGUUUACAUCAGCGGUCAUGGAUGGAGAGUCAUGCAGGACCAUCUGAAAGAGGCUGGCUAUGGGGACUCUGUGUAUCGGGUGUGUGGUUACAUGUGUCUGGACAGCUCCAGUCAGUCUCAGGCAGACACAUUCAAACUGCUCUUCGAUUACCAGCCAAACUCCAGGCUGUUUGCCUGUGCCAAGUCCCUGUUCAUCUCUGAUCAGGACAAGAGGAAGCAUUUCUGCCUGCUGCUGCGACUCUUCUUGGGCAACAGACAGGAAGUGGGUUCCUUCCACAGCAGGAUGAUCAAGGUCAUCUCCAAACCCUCCCAGAAGAGACAGUCCAUGAAGAACGCCGACCUGUGUAUCUCCUCAUGCUCCAGAGUAGCUUUGUUCAACCGUUUACGCUCACAGACGGUCAGCACUCGUUACCUCUCGGUGGACAGAGGAGCUUUCAUAGCCAGCGCCAGACAGUGGACAGCCUUCACCAUCACCCUGGUGGAGGACCACCGUGCUGACCAAGGGGACUUUGUGCUGAGCGAAGGCUUCAUCUGUUACGGCUGUGUGGUCCAGUUAGUGUGCACCGAGUCUGGAGUAGCUCUGCCGCCCAUGGUUAUCCGUAAGGUUAACAAGCAGCACGCCAUCUUAGACGUGGACGAGCCGGUUUCUCAGCUCCACAAGUGUGCCUUCCAGUUCAAAGACAGUCCACAUGCAUACCUGUGUUUAUCCAAUGACACCAUCAUACAGCACCAGGCCCCGUCCUGUGUCAAAGACCCCAGCAGAGUGGUGCUGAACGACGGAGCCUGCUGGACCAUCAUCGGAGUGGAAGCAGUGGAGUUCACUUUUAAUCAGGGUGUGGCCUGCAUCCAGACACCAGUCACUCCUUUUCCUGUUAUCACUGGGUUAGAGGUGAAUGGUGGAGGACAUGUUGCCAUGUUGGAGAUCCAAGGAGAAAACUUCAGCCCUCAUCUCAAAGUCUGGUUUGGCAACAGCGAGGCAGAGACCAUGUUCAAAUCUCCCAAAUCUCUGCUCUGCGUCGUUCCUGACAUCUCUGUGUUCAGCGACGGCUGGCGCUGUCUGCGACGCGUCAUCACCGUCCCUCUGUCUCUCAUCCGAUUGGACGGCCUGAUUUAUCGCACGUCCUUCAGUUUCACCUACACCCCUGAGCUCCAGCCGCUGGCGCCUGUCCGAGGAGCUGCGGGAGGAGAGAAGAGAGAGGGAGGGAUGGAGGAUGGCCAGGAGGACGACGUCCUGUUAGAGACCAUCCAUCAGGAGUUCACCAGAGCCAAUUUCCACCUCUUCAUGCAGAGUUAGCGCACCUGUCCUCAGGUGAAUGUUUGGAGUCUGAUUAUCAGGUCGAGCAAAGAACUGAUUUUUGGUUUUUGAUCAAUGCUGGUUCAGUGUCAAUGAACCAUGUGCAAAUGUUCUGACCCUUCCUGGACCGCAGUAUUCCCUCUUUGUUAAUCUUUGAUCAUGUUUAAUGGACCUGAAUAUUUCAUAGAUAUGCUGGAAAGAUUUAACUGUCAACCAGAUCAUUUUAAGAUGUCAUGCAAAGUAAAUUAUGAACAAAAAAACACUGAUUUGUCGUCCAUAGUAAUCAAGGCCAUCGUAUCAGUUCCACCAAAUUAUUCAGACUGAGAAAAUGUGACAUUCAGAGUUUGAAUGCCAGCAAGAAGUGACCGACUCUGCAGACUAG